CUUUCUUCAUUUUUCUGAUUUCUCUUCUUUUCUCUUUCUUUUUUCUUCUUCAUCUCCUCUAUUUAUGGGUUUUCUUACUUUGUUCCUUCCUCUUCUUUCUCAUUUCCUCUCUUUUUUUUUCUACUCCUUUUAUUUCUUUUUCCUUUUUUCUUACCCUUCCCAUCUCUUUCCUCUCUUCUUUCUCUCCACCUCUCUUUCCUCUCUUCUCUCUCCACACUUCUUAUUAUUCUUCACCUUUUCUUUCCUUUUGAUUUUUCUGUCUAUUACCAUCUUUUUUAUUGCACUCUCCAUUUUUUUCUUCCAUAACAUGUUAUAAAUUUUUUUAAAGCUUUAUAAUGUUUUUGAUAUUGGCACUUGCGAAAUGGCCUUGAACCUUUUAAAUAUUGUUUUAUUUUUUAACCAGCAAAGGUUAAAUUAUAUUAAUAUACUCCAAUGCUAAAAACUCAUUGGCGGCUAGGAUUCGUAGAGCUGUGGAGAACAGCUGCCAGUACCAUCGCGUGGGGUUUUAUCAAUUCUACCGUCUUCUUCUUGCCCAGUUGGCUCCAGUGAAGAGUAAGAGGGUAAGCAUUUAAAAGGGAUAGGAGGAAGCAAAGGAGGUGUGAGGUUUUGUGGCUGUUGUCUCUUCGAUGAGGGAUUUCUUGGGAUGUUUGUUUGCUAAGUGGGCUGCCAAUGUUGUACCUGUCAGUGGAGUAUUGGAUACCAUGGCCGGUGCCGGUAGGAAGUUUUGUUGUUGGUGGUGCGCUGGACAAACCGGUGAUGGCAUGAUGGUCGACAGGGCUGCUGUGACUGCGUUGGGUCAAGGUGACUAAGGUGGAACUUCAACGGAUAGGGGUGUGGCCAUCGGUUCUGGAUUGCUGGUGGUUUGGGUGGUGCUAGCUGGUCGGUGUGGUGGAAAGGGGAAGCUGUGUCGGACGCGUGAGCGGAGCCAUUUGUAGACCGCCCCCCUAAACUUUUGA